AUGCUGCACCAUGGGAAGCGCUGGAGGUCCAUGUGCAAGGGGCUCAUCCUGGGGACCCUCCUGACCAGCUUCAUGCUGCUGCUCUACUCCUACGCCGUCCCCCCGCUGCACCUGUCUCUUCUCCCCACCAGGAUCCCUGUCCCCUCCUCCUGCUCCUCCUAUCCAGCCCCCGGCAAGGCGCCAGCAGCGGCCAACGGCACGGGCAGCCCCUCGGGACAAAGCUGCCAGCCCAAGGUGAACAUCAUGUUCAUGAAGACGCACAAGACAGCCAGCAGCACCAUCCUCAACAUCCUCUUCCGCUUUGGGGAGAAGCAUCACUUGAAAUUCGCCUUCCCCAAUGGCCGCAACGACUUCUACUACCCCUCCUUCUUCGAGCGCAGCCAGGUGCAGCACUACCAGCCGGGCGCAUGCUUCAACAUCAUCUGCAACCACAUGCGCUUCCACUAUGAGGAGGUGCGCAAGCUCCUGCCGGCGGACGCCACCUUCGUGACAGUGCUGCGGGACCCUGCCUACCUCUUCGAGUCCUCUUUCCACUACUUCGGGCGCAUCAUCCCCCUCACCUGGAAGCUGACGGGGGAGGACAAGCUGGCGGAGUUCCUCCGGGACCCCUGGCACUACUACGACCCCAACGGGUUCAACGCUCACUACCUCCAAAACCUCCUCUUCUUCGACUUGGGCUACGACAACAACAUGAACGCCAACAGCCCGCUGGUGGAGGAGCACAUCCAGGAGAUAGACCGCCGUUUCCACCUCGUCAUGUUGCUCGAGUACUUUGAUGAGUCCCUGGUGCUGCUGAAGGACCUGCUGUGCUGGCAGCUGGAGGAAGUCCUCUACUUCAAGCUCAACGCCCGGAAGGGCUCCACCGUCUCCCGGCUGACACCUGAGCUCUAUGAGAAGGCCACCUCCUGGAACCUCAUCGACGCUAAGCUCUACCGCUAUUUUAAUGCCACCUUCUGGCGUAAGGUGGAGGCCUACGGGAGGGAGCGGAUGGCCAAGGAUGUGGCCGAGCUGCAGCGGGAGAAUGAGAAGAUGAAGAGCAUCUGCAUCGACGGGGGACACCCCGUGGACGCCAGUGCCAUCCAAGAGUCCUCCAUGCAACCCUGGCAGCCGCUGGGGGAGAAGUCCAUCCUGGGCUACAACUUGAAGAAGAAGAUCAACAAACAGCACCAGAAGCUGUGCCGCAAGAUGCUGACACCCGAAAUCCAGUACCUGACCGACCUGGGGGUCAACCUCUGGAUCACCAAACUGUGGAGCCGCGUGCGGGACUUCUUGAAGUGGUAG